CGCUGAGGAGAGGGAGGAGUCCGACUGGUGGAAACACGUGACCCGGGCCUGCAGCCGGAAGCUACCUGUCUCGUAGGCAGCUCCUCAGGCACCUUAAGGCUGCGAUGACUUCGGCGCUGACCCAGGGGCUGGAGCGGAUCCCAGACCAGCUCGGCUACCUGGUGCUGAGCGAAGGCGCGGUGCUGGCGUCGUCCGGGGACCUGGAGAAUGACGAGCAGGCAGCCAGUGCCAUCUCCGAGCUGGUCAGCACGGCCUGCGGUUUCCGGCUGCACCAUGGCACGAACGUCCCCUUCAAGCGCCUGUCCGGUGUGUCUCCCCUCCAGUGGUCUUUGGAGAGCACACGCUGCUGGUGACUGUGUCGGGACAGAGGGUGUUUGUGGUGAAGAGGCAGAACCGAGGCCGGGAGCCCAUUGACGUCUGAGCCUGCCCGAGGGUGAGGGGCAGAGCAGUGGAUGUGGGGCCGGGGGCCUCUGACGAGGAAGACACACGUCCUCCGCCUCUUUCUUGGCUUGCUGCUAGAACUAAGGUCUUCCGCUCUCCCACCGUCCCACCCCUGUGGAAAGGCAGAGGCUUGGAGACUGCUGUGUUUUGGAGAAUGGAGGCAAGGGGACCUCUGUCGUCCUUCCCUCCCUCCCAAUAAACUUGCGGCUGAUGUUCCUGGG